UGUGGGCUUGGCUUGUCUCUGGCUUGGAGCAAGCAGGCACACCAAACGUCCAUUUGUUUCUCCAGACUGGAAUCCACAGGCCGUUGUCAUUUCUUUUCUCCGAAGUGCAAUCGCUGCGACCCUCAGUGAGGCGAUUCUUUUCCCCUGCGCUCUCUCUCCCUCUCUCUCCAAGAUGUGGGAGGCACUCGAGAGGUCUAUUCUCAUGAUUGGCCUAUAUUGGACAUGCGUGUCAGCCAACCAGUGUGCUCUCGGGUGGCGCGGAUACGGCACCAGCUGCUACAAGAAGGUGGAAUUCCCCAACGGUUGGCUGGGCGCCUGGCACCACUGCCUCUCUGAGGGCGGCAACCUGGUCUCGAUCACCUCCUCGGCCGAGGAAAGGUUUGUGAAGACGACCAUGGCCAAGUACAACCACUUCUGGCUGGGACUCUCCAACCAGAAAUGUGACACGGUCUGGUGUCGCUUUGAAGGCGGGAGCCAGAAGCUGACCUGGUCUGAUGGCCAGACAACAACACACCGCAACUGGGCCCCAAAUCAACUUGAAAGCGCCGACGUCGCGUCCUGCGCCUACGUCAACCAAAAGGUUUGGAAGGAUUCCGGGAAGUGGAGGUCUGGCUCCUGCGCUUCCUCCUUAGCCUACAUGUGCAAACGGCCGCUGGACUGCCCGGCGUGUUCCCCCAAAAGUGGUCCUGCUGUGGUGAAGACUUCUGACUGCGACGAUAGCAACAUCCUUUAUGGCGAUCAUUGCUAUCUUUUUGGCGAGAGUCGUGAAACUCAAGAGGAUGCUGAGGAGUUCUGUCUCGCCCGGCGAGCCCAACUGCCUCUCGUCCACUCUAAGCGAGAUGUCCGAUUCCUGUUUGAUGAGUGUGUAAGAUAUGAUAUUUGGCUGGGACUCAAGAAGAAGGGCAAUGACUACAAGUGGAAUGACGGAACAGCUUUGGACUACGAAGACCUCAAUGACAGGCACUUCUCCGGUGGUGACUGUGCAAUAAUAGGUCCUGGGGCACGGAUCUUCCUGAACGUCAAAUGCCAAUACAAGAAGCCAGUUGUCUGCCAAACAGCCAAGCGCGGCGGAGGGCGUCCACAGCUGCCACCAUUGGUGGGCCAACCUGACUGGACUGAAAAAUGCGGCUGGUGGCUGGACCGCCCCUCCAGCGACUUCUGCUACCUGAUCAUCCCACAGGCCACCAAGACCUGGCAGGAGGCGCAAGACCACUGCCAAGCCUACCAAGGGAACCUGCUCAGCAUCGCCGACUCGCACGAGCAGGGCUUAGUGCACGUUCUCUUCAAGAGUCAGGGAGAAGCGUCCUCUCUCUGGUUGGGCGCCGAUGUCUCACUCGAUGACGAUGACGGCAAAUGGAUUGACGGAUCCUCGUUCACGUUCAAGCGCCGUUGGGAAGGUGACACCAAAGGGGGGCAUUGUCUUUCCUUGCUCACUGCCAGCGGCGACUGGAAGUACGACCCGUGCGGCAACAAGAGAGGCUACGUCUGCAAGAAAAGAGGAAAAGGAGUGAAAGCGCCGACUCUUGACGACAGCAAGUGUGAUCCCGGGUGGACCGAGCGCAACUCCAGCUGCUACAAGAAGAUGGAAGUCCCCAACGGUUGGCUGGGGGCCUGGCACCACUGCGUCUGGCUGGGCGGCGACCUGGUCUCGAUCACCUCCUCGGCCGAGGAAGACUUUGUGAAGACGACCAUGGACAAGGACACCCCCUUCUGGCUGGGACUCUCCAACCAGAAAUGCGACGACUCCUGGUGUCGCUUUGAAGGCGGGAUCCAGACGCUGGCCUGGUCUGAUGGCGAGACAAUAAAUCACACCAACUGGGCCCCAAAUCAACUCAAAAGCGCCGCCGUUGCGUCCUGCGCCUACGUCAACCAAGGGGGAAGUGGUGAGCCCGGCAAGUGGAGGUCUGGCUCCUGUCAUUCCUCGUUGGCCUACAUGUGCAAACGGCCGCAGAGCUGCCCAGAGGGACAGACGUGUUCCCCCAAACGUGGUCCUGCUGUCGUGAAGACUGACUACUGCGACGACAACUCCUUCCACUAUGAUGAUUAUUGUUACCGUUACGAGAAGACGUAUGAAAAUUAUGACGAUGCCGAGAAGUUCUGUCAAGUCCGGGGAGGCCACCUGGCUAGCGUCCACUCUAAGCAAGAGGCCCAAUUUGUGUAUGAUCACUCGCAGACCUCACAAUCUGCUUUGGUGGGACUCAAGAAAACGACGGGCGACGACUACAAGUGGAGUGACGGAACAACCUUUGAGUACAAACGGUGGGAAAAAGACACCACGGGGGACUGUGCGUUCCCAAAUUCUGUUGGGGAGUUGAGUGGCUGUGAGUGCUCAACAACGCGGCCAUUCUUCUGCAAAACAGCCAAGCGCGGAGGGACUCGACGGCUGGCAUCAUCAGUCAGCCUAGUCAGCUGGACUUACAAAUGCGGCUGGUGGCUGGACAACCCCACCAACGACUUCUGCUACCUGAUGAUCAGCCAGCCCACCAAGACCUGGCAGAAGGCGCAAGACGACUGCAAACUCCUCGAAGGGGACCUGCUCAGCAUCACCGACACCGAUGAGCAGGGCUUCAUAAAGGGUAUCGCCAAGGUUCUGAUGGGCGAUGACGCCUCCCUGUGGUUGGGCGCCAACGGAGGCAUCGAGGGUGACGGCGGCAAGUGGGCUGACGGAUCCCCCUUCUCUUACCUCCACUCGAGCGAAGGUCGGGCUGAGGCGGUUCAGUGA